GCCGACCAGAUACACCGCUGUUGAUUCUCCUUCUUCAUUUUCCAUCUUUUUCUUAUUCGGAUUUUCCCAAUCUUUGAUAGUUGCCGGCCGCUGUACUGAUGCUUCGUACAUACUUUGCCCAGUUCGAUUUUAGGUUUUUCUGGAAACCUUACCAAAAGUGGAAGGCAUCAUUUGUCAGAUUGCUGAGAAGUCGCCCCCCGGCCGCUUGGAAUCCCCUACCGGCGGCGGCGAGCAGGUGUUCAAGUCGGUGCUCGAUUGGGAGUAGCAGUAGCAGUAACCGCGGAAACUGUUUCAGCGGGUUUAGAUUGAUCGGAUCUAGGUAUUGUAGCUCUGUGGUCGCCGGAGGAUAUGGGGACGGUAGAGCAGAAGGGAAAGGGAGUGCUUUUGCAGGCGUGUGAGAGUGUCGGCAUUGUCAAGUCUUCCGAGGAGGCUGCCUCCAUUGCUAGUCUCCUGGACGAGGCAGGUGUCAUUUGGAUUUUCGGUGAUAAAGUCCUAUCUUCACCCUGAUCUGGUACACACUCAAAUCUAGCUUCAGUAGUUUGUCUUCCAUGGUGCAUUAACAAUUAUGUAUGUAUGAAAAGUGAUGAGUUGCCACAUCCUUGCCCCAAUUGCCUUGUUUAUUAUCCCCUUCACAGAGACACGCAAUGUACAACGCUUUCACAGAAUGUGGUU